UAAAAUAAAAUAAUAUUAUAACCACAAAAAGACCAAAAGAACAUGAUAACCUCAAAACAAUAACUGAAAAUGCAAAAUAUAAAUCAUCACCUCAAUCACAGAUUUAUAAUUGCAACAUCCAAAAACAAAGAAUAAAACAAGAAAAUUUAAAACAAAAAAAAAUGACAAAAUCAGGUGAAAUUAUUCUAAUUGCUAGUUUUAUUUGUUUAUUUUCCCUCUUUGGGGUAAUUCAGGCCGAGGGCGAAGCUUCAGCUCCAGCUCCAGCUCCAACUCAGACUCAAACUCAGUUCCGUGUAGAAGGAAGAGUAUUUUGUGAUGUUUGUCGCGUUCUAUUUGAAACCAGGCUCAGCAAGCCCAUGUCAGGUGCUGAGGUACGGUUGCAAUGCAGGAACCGAACAGACGAGAGUGAAACCUUCACGGUUGAGGGCAAAACUGAGGACGAUGGGAUGUACAGCCUCGUCGCGGAACGUGACCACGAAAACGAGAUUUGUGAGACUAUACUUGUGAAGAGCUCCAUGGAUGAUUGCAAUGAGAUCCCAAAAGAAAAGUUCACAAAAGAGUCUGCUAGAAUCACCAUUACUAACAAGAAUGGUAUCGUUGAGACCACUCGACACGCGAACCCUCUAUUCUUCGUGAAGAAAGAAGUUUCUCCAGAAUGCGCUCAAGUGUUUAAGGAACUCGAAUUACUGCCCGAACAAAUCGAUCAAAAUUGAUUAUUGCAAACAGAAUCUUAACUCCUGCUAAUAUCUGAAUUCAGUUUAACUCAAUUAUAAGACAUUUAUUAAGUAGGUGCACAUAUAGUGCAUUGAAUUUUGAUACUAUCUAUGUAAUUUAACCUCUUAUAGAAGGUCAUUAUUUAACAUUUGUUGUAGGUAACCAAAUGUAUACGUAUUAAAUAAAGUUAUCUACAAUUACCUUUUAAAUAACCUCAUUGUUUAAGUAUAUGCAUCAUUUUGGAAUUUGA